UUCCCUAUCCUCCCACGGCCUCUUUCCACUACUACCACCGAGCACCAUCCCCUACAAGGAGAGGGCAAAGAACACACAUUCACUUUGUUGCUUCAGGUUGCAACAGCCAAAUUAGGCUACAAUGGCUCUUAGGCUGUGGGCAAGCUCAGCUGCCAAUGCCCUCAAGAUUUCAAGCAGCGGCGCCAGGGCUGCUGCCCCGGCUUAUUCGAUCUCCAGAUACUUCUCCACCGUUAUUGAUGGCUUGAAGUACACUUCCUCCCACGAGUGGGUCAAGAACGACGGCUCCGUGGCCACGAUUGGCAUCAGUGACCACGCCCAGGGCCAUCUCGGGGAGGUGGUGUUCGUGGAGCUGCCGGAGGCAGGCACGAAGGUGAGCCAGGGCGGAGCCUUCGGCAACGUGGAGAGUGUGAAGGCCACCAGCGACGUCAACUCGCCCAUCUCCGGCGAGGUCGUCGAGGUCAACUCAAAGCUGUCCGAGACCCCCGGCCUGAUCAACUCGAGCCCGUACGAGGAUGGGUGGAUGAUCAAGGUGAAGCCAAGCAGCCCGGCGGAGCUGGAGGGCCUGCUGGACUCGGCCAAGUACACCAAGCACUGCGAGGAGGAGGACGCCCACUAGUGCUCCUUGCUCGCUUAUCAUUCCUUUUUGUUGCAACCAUAUCGACUACUCUUGUCUACAAUAAUUACACCAACUUCACCAUGCGUUCAGUUCAUCGGUUCCAAUUUUCUUUUGUCGGUGUACAUGGCGUCCAGCAGUUUGUUAUACCAUUUCAGUGACCGUGACAUCAGAGAUAAGGGAAAGAGUUUGUAUGUUA